AUGGCAACUGCGAAAGGCAACGAAGAAGAUGAAUGUAAAGUUAUUAAUAAUGAACAAAUACAACCCUAUUUGUUUGAGCCAACUGUUAAGGAGGAUCAAGAAGAAGCCAGUGAUAACUCAUCUGACGACUCAGCUUCGAUUGAGGAUAAUUUCGACGAAGAAUUUGAAACAGCAAAUAGAUGGCGUCUGUCUUCCCUUCAGUGGUGUAAAUGUGGCAAUUGUACACUCAUGGAAAAAACAAUUGAAAGUUUCUGUUGCCACGAGAAGGCUGUAGAAUACGAUGAAUACGAUGGUAUUCUAACUGAUGCACAGAAUCGAGGGUUAAACUGUAUCACAAGUUUGUCAUCGUUCAUUCAAAAUAUGCUUUCGAAGGAAGUUCUUGACGUUGACGUAUCACAAUAUCUGGAGGAGAAUUGGCCGGUUGACGAUGAUGAGUUAGAACAAACACACAAAAUAUUUCGUCAUGCGGCGUAUAGAAGAUGCUCACGAUGGGUAUUCACAAUUUUGG